AUGUAAACAAAAUUAUUAACCAGAAGCUUCUUUAUGGACUUCAUCACAAGGAUUCCCUUGAUGUUUGAUGAAACAAUCCUUUAGAUGAAUAGAAAUGCCAGAGCCCCCAAGAAGGCUAAUCACGGAGCAAGACCAUGCUCUUCAGUUGUCAGAAGAUUGAGACAUGCUAAGCAAUAUAGAAAAUCAAGGGAAAACACUCCUUUAGAAUAGGAGGAAUUAACCUCGAAAUGGGACGAUAUUUGAAAGAGCAUUAAAUAUAAAAUAUAUUAUUGGUGUAUAUUUAAGUUGA